UUGCCCUAGAAGUAGAAACGAGCUCGCAUGCUCAAGUCACGCAUAUUUUAAUGGAGCCCUCUAUCUGUUUGUGGAAAUGCCUCUUAAAGAAAAGAACUAUUUGUGGUUUUGCUAGCAUAUUUGAUACAACUCGUUUCUCAUGCCUUCCUUUUAUUUAGCAAAAAUGGCGUCUUCUGAUGAGGGGGCUGUUGAAGAUAUGGAGUCUGUGGCAUUUAUGAAGCUUGCUCUAGAACAGGCAAAGCUUGCAAUGGACAGCCUUGAAGUACCUGUCGGUUGUGUAAUUGUUGAGGAUCAAAAGGUCAUUUCUUCAGGGAGAAAUCGAACAACUGAGACUAGAAAUGCUACUCGACAUGCAGAGAUGGAAGCAAUUGAUGUGCUGCUUGACCAGUGGAGGAAAAACGGAAUGACUAGGGAAAAAGUCACUUUGAAUUUUUCAAGAUGCACACUUUAUGUCACAUGGAUAAAAGAAGUAUUUUAUGGCUGUGGAAAUGAUAAGUUUGGAGGUUGUGGAUCAAUUUUGUCUUUGCACACAGGUGGUACUGGGAAGCUUACAAGUAAUGGGGCUUUUAGGAAGGAGUUCAAGUGCACCGGCGGAAUAAUGGCAACAGAAGCCAUCAACCUUCUACGAAGUUUCUAUGAGCAAGGGAAUCCAAAUGGUACUAUGAUGGAGAACAUGGAUUCGGCUCUGAAUGAUCCAAACUAUGGACUCGUUAUUCAGUCUUGCGACACAGAAUGGACUCAUUAUGUAACAAGUUCAUUUGACAUGUGUUUUCACUUACUGAAACUGUUUUCCUUGUGAAUUUAACAAUUUCUUGUUAGGAUUUUAGUCAUCCUUCAUGACUCAUCAACUUGGCUUGUAACAUCAAUAAAUGUAAACAUUGUUUUUCCUUUUCUAUCAGUGGUCUCAGCUGGUGUAUUAAACCUCUUCCUCUUCCUCUCUCUGCGGAUAUCCUUGAUAUUUAAGUGUGUGGAGUGUCACAAAUACUAAGGCAAUAAUAUCCUUGAGAUUGUAGUUGGUAAUAUUAUGGUGAAAACAACAACAAAUGCUUCAUCAUUCUGAUAAUGUAGCAUGAUUCACAAGGUUGUAUGCAUAUUAAUGAUCGCGUAUAAUUAAUUCAUUACGUUUGCUUCUAGUUACAAAAUGAAUUUUGAUCAAAG